GACUUUGCAUUCUCACUGGCUCGCUUCGGUUUGGCAAUUAAAGUAAUGGAAUUCAGACCUUGUUCCCAAAAUUAGACAAAACCCACUUCACAUCUCACUUUUUCCCUGAUCCACAAUGGAGAAAUUUUCAAUUUGGUUUUCAUUGGUGAUUCUGGGACUGACCAUUUGUAGUAUGGAGAGAGUGGAACCAGCUCAGAAAGCUCCUUGGAGGAUUCAGACUCUAUUCUCUGUGGAGUGUAAUAACUACUUUGACUGGCAAACUGUUGGACUCAUGCACAGUUUUAGAAAGGCGAAGCAACCGGGUCACAUCACGCGUCUUCUCAGUUGCACUGAGGAGCAGAAAAAAACUUACAGAGGGAUGCAUUUAGCUCCUACAUUUGAGGUUCCCUCGAUGAACUAUCACCCCACAACUGGUGACUGGUACCCUGCAUUAAACAGACCUGCUGGGGUUUUACAUUGGCUCAAAUACAGUAAAGAUGCAGAGAAUAUUGACUGGGUUAUUAUCCUUGAUGCAGACAUGAUAAUCCGAGGCCGAAUUGUACCAUGGAAACUUGCUGCAGAGAAAGGAAGACCUGUUGCAGCAUCUUAUGGGUAUUUAAGAGGUUGUUACAAUAUAUUGGCUCAACUGCACACAAAACACCCAGAACUUUGUGACAGAGUAGGUGGACUUUUGGCAAUGCAUAUAGACGACCUGCGAUCUUUGGCACCUAUCUGGCUUUCAAAAACAGAGGAAGUACGGCAAGAUAGGGCUCACUGGCGAGUAAACAUAACGGGUGACAUAUACGAGAAAGGAUGGAUUAGUGAGAUGUAUGGAUACUCUUUUGGUGCAGCAGAAGUUGGGCUCCAUCACAAGAUCAAUGAUAACUUGAUGAUCUACCCAGGUUACGCACCCCGGGAGGGAGUUGAGCCAAUUCUUCUCCAUUAUGGGCUGCCAUUUAGGGUAGGAAAUUGGUCAUUUAGUAAGGCUGACCAUGAUAAGGAUGAGAUUGUUUAUAGCUGUGACCAGCUCUUUCCUCAACCUCCUUAUCCCAGGGAGGUAAUGCAGUUGGAAAUAGAUCCUAAUCUACGGAGAGGACUAUUUUUAAGUAUAGAGUGCAUCAACAUUCUAAAUGAAGCUCUUCUGAUACAUCAUGCUGCUAACGGCUGCCCUAAACCAGCAUGGUCUAAAUAUCUGAACUUUUUAAAAAGCAGAGCCUUUGCUGAACUAACUAAACCAAAAAUUGUAACUCCUGCUACUCUACAAUUGAUGGAGGAUACAGUACAAAAACAUAUUGAUCAUGAUGAUACCCGGCCAUAUCCUAAAAUCCAUACUGUUUUUUCCACUGAAUGCACACCAUAUUUUGACUGGCAGACUGUAGGGCUUAUGCAUAGCUUCCGUUUAAGUGGACAGCCAGGAAAUAUAUCUAGACUUCUCAGCUGCUCUGAUGCAGACUUAAAGCUAUAUAAAGGCCAUAACUUGGCUCCCACCCAUUAUGUCCCUUCUAUGAGUCAGCAUCCAUUAACAGGCGAUUGGUAUCCAGCCAUUAACAAACCAGCUGCAGUUCUCCACUGGCUCAAUCAUGCAAAUAUUGAAGCUGAAUUCAUAGUGAUUCUAGACGCUGAUAUGAUUAUGAGAGGCCCCAUUACGCCAUGGGAAUUCAAAGCUGCACGCGGAAAACCUGUUUCAACUCCCUACGACUACCUUAUUGCCUGUGACAAUGAGCUUGCAAAGUUGCAUACAAGCCAUCCCGAGGCUUGUGACAAGGUUGGUGGUGUAAUCAUCAUGCAUAUAGAUGACUUGCGAAAAUUUGCUUUACUUUGGCUGCAUAAAACUGAGGAGGUUCGGGCUGAUAGAGCUCACUAUGCCAGAAAUAUAACAGGAGACAUAUAUGAAUCUGGUUGGAUCAGCGAGAUGUACGGUUACUCAUUCGGUGCAGCAGAGUUGAAAUUGAGGCAUACUACAAACAGAGAGAUUAUGAUAUACCCAGGAUAUGUUCCUGAACCAGGAAUCAAAUAUAGAGUUUUUCACUAUGGUUUAGAAUUCAAAGUUGGGAAUUGGAGUUUUGACAAGGCAGACUGGCGAGAAGUCGACAUGGUUACCCGAUGCUGGGCCAAGUUUCCAGAGCCACCAGACCCAUCAACACUUGAUCACAAUGAUGAGGAAAAUUUACAGCGAGAUUUUCUCAGUAUAGAAUGUGUGAAGACACUAAAUGAAGCAUUGCGCUUGCAUCAUGAAAAAAUGAACUGCCACAAAGAUGGUUCCAUAUCCGAAUUAAAAGAGGAAAGAGAAAUCUCUAGGAAAUUAGGCAAUUUCAGUGAAAAUUUUGACUCAAAGGAAAAUCUUAAGUCAAGAAAUUAUUCUGAGGAAAUUGUUAGUGUUAAAGAUGGGACAGGGAUACCUAGUUCCUUCAGGGUCUGGGUGUUAUUUUUAUGUGGAUUUUCUGUAUUUGGCUUCUUGAUCAUAGUUUUUUUGGUGCAUUCUGGUCAUAAAAGAAAAGGAAUGAAAAUGAAACACCAUAGAACCAGGAGAAGAAACUUGUAAACAAAAUAGAUGGGUACAUGACUUGAGCCGCCAUGCCUCUUUAAUAAUUUUGCUUCUCUUA